GAUGGAAAAUGUUUAAUUUGUAGUCCUGUAUUUUUUUCGUUGGUAUGAUUUUUAUCAAAAUGUUUCAAAUUAUAUAUAUGCAUUAGUAAUAUAAGUGAGGUAAAUGUUGUAUUUUGAACAAGUUUUUUUUUUGUACAAAAUGAACAAAUUGGUAGGAAAAUUGUGUGUUUGUUAAAAUUAACGAGGAACUAAUCCCUACAAAGAAAUAACCAUAACGUUCUGAAACAAGCAACAGUUUAUCGAAGGUCAGCAGUACCUUUCACUGCUGUUAUUCGAAAGCCGUGAUUGCAUGCUUUCAUUCUUCUACCGGUCUAUCAGCUGAUCGAGAGACUAGUGAGUGACGAAAGGUUGUGCGCAGCUGAGGAAGGAGGAUUCAGCGAAUAUAGGACGAGCAUGCAUCAUCGUAUCGCAUAAUAUCGAAAUCUGGUUACGUGGUUGUCGUUUAUUUUUACUAAUUUUUGUCGUCUGAUAAAAAUGAAGUUUUUGGCUUCUGCUUGGGUCUUUACUUCGAUUAUUAUUUGUUUAGUGAAUACAAGUCAUCAGACUUUUGUAAGCCGACCCAAUGUUUUAAUGAUUAUGCUAGAUGACUUUCGACCGGCGAUCAGAGCUUUGGGUGAUACUAAAGCAAUCACACCAAACAUUGAUAGGUUGGUGGCACUUGGUCAAUCCUUUACUGAUGCAUUCGCUCAGCAAGCAAUAUGCGCUCCAAGCAGGAAUUCGAUGCUUACUGGACGUAGACCGGAUACAACCAGAUUGUACGAUUUCUACAGCUACUGGAGAGAAUUUGCCGGUAAUUUUACCACGAUUCCACAGUAUUUUAAGGAACAUGGAUAUCGUACUCAUUCCAUAGGGAAGAUAUUUCACCCUGGUGUUUCAUCAAAUUAUACCGACGAUUAUCCAUUGAGUUGGACUGAUGAGCCCUAUCACCCUUCUACAUCAGAGUUUAUGAACAAAGCUACUUGCAUUGACAGUCUGACCGGAAGUUUAAAGAAAAAUUUGCUCUGUCCUGUGGUUGUAGAGCUUCAGCCACAGAGAACGCUUCCGGAUAUUCAAAGCACGCAGGCGGCCAAGGCGUUUUUAAAAUCUAGGCAAAAUGCGAGUGAACCUUUUUUCCUGGGCGUGGGAUAUCUUAAACCACAUAUUCCGUUUAAAAUACCAGAGGAAUAUCUGAAGCUUCACGACGAGAAGAAAUUCAAAACGCUCGAUCUGGAUUAUCCACCGUACGGUUUGCCGACUGUCGCUUGGAAUUCAUACUUGGAUGUACGUAGCCGAGAUGACAUGCAAGUUUUAAACAUAAGUUUUCCCUUUGGUCCGAUUCCUGGUGAUAUCAAAUUGAAAAUUCGUCAACAUUACUACGCUGCCGUUAGCUACGUGGACGAUCUCAUCGGAGAGCUGUUUGAAGAUGUUAAUUUCAACGAUACAAUCAUCGUGCUAACGUCCGAUCACGGGUGGUCCCUUGGAGAACAUGCUGAAUGGUCCAAAUUCAGUAACUAUGAAGUGGCUUUGAAGGUUCCUCUGAUCGUUUACAGUCCUUUUUUAACCGAAAAAGCCAAUAGCAAAAUUGCUAGGGUCGUUGAACUAGUCGAUAUAUUUCCGACUCUGGUUGACUUGGUAGGCUUACCAGCUAUACCUCACUGUGGCGAAGAUCUGAUGCAGGAAACUUGUGUAGAGGGUAAAUCUUUGGUUCCCUUCAUUGGUCACUCAACUACAAACACAUUUGCCGAGAUUGAAGCGGCAUAUAGCCAGUAUCCUCGCCCUGGUAGUUAUCCGAGUGUGUAUCCCAACAGCGACAAACCGAAGCUUUUCCAAAUUGAAAUCAUGGGAUACAGUAUACGGACUCCAAGAUUCCGCUACACGGCCUGGAUAGGUUUCGAUCCAGCCAAGUUUUCUAGAAAUUGGUCGGAAAUAUUUGGAGAGGAAUUGUAUGAUCACAGUAUCGACCCGAAGGAAAACUUGAAUCUAGCUGAUCGACCGCAACUGAAACCUAUCAAAACGUGGCUAAAGCAACAGUUACAGGAUAAAUUUACGUAAGAUUAAAAAAGGAACAGUGUCUCACUAAAAAUUAAAACGCUUUAAUCUUAAUGACUAUUGAAAAAUUUAAUCAGUUAAUUCUUGAACGUUCAAACGUUAUCGAAA